GCGGCCUGCCAUUGGCCGGGCCCGCGGGCGGCGGCGCGCCGCGAUUGGCCGCGCGGCCUGAGGCCACCGGCGCCGGAAGGGGGAAGCGCGUCCAACAUGGCGGCGGAGCAGGGCCCGGGCCCGCAACAGUCGCAGGAGAUGAUGGAGGUCGACAGGCGGAUGGAGUCUGAGGAGUCCGGCGACGAGGAAGGGAAGAAGCAGAGCGGCCUUCUCGUGGCGGAGCUCAGCGAGCACAGCCUGAAGGAUGGAGCGGGGCCCGGGGAGGAGGACCCGGAAGGACAGGAACUGCCAGUGGACAUGGAGACCAUUAACCUGGACAAAGAUGCCGAGGACGUGGACCUGAAUCACUACCGCAUUGGCAGGAUCGAAGGGUUUGAGGUGCUGAAGAAGGUCAAGACGCUCUGCCUCCGUCAGAAUCUCAUCAAAUGCAUCGAGAACCUGGAGGAGCUGCAGAGUCUGCGAGAGCUGGACCUUUACGACAACCAGAUCCGGAAGAUGGAGAACCUGGAGGCGCUGACGGAGCUGGAGAUUCUAGAUAUUUCUUUUAACCUGCUAAGAAGUAUCGAGGGGCUUGACAAGUUGACGAGGCUGAAGAAGCUCUUCCUGGUCAACAACAAAAUCACCAAGAUCGAGAACAUCAGCAACCUGCAGCAGCUGCAGAUGCUGGAGCUGGGCUCCAACCGCAUCCGGGCCAUUGAAAACAUUGAUGCACUGACCAACCUGGAGAGCUUGUUUUUGGGGAAAAACAAGAUCACGAAACUCCAAAAUCUCGAUGCACUCACCAACCUGACCGUCCUCAGCAUGCAGAGCAACCGGCUGACCAAGAUCGAGGGCCUCCAGAGCCUGGUGAACCUGCGGGAGCUCUACCUCAGCCACAACGGCAUCGAGGUCAUCGAGGGCCUGGAGAGCAACAACAAGCUCACGAUGCUGGACAUCGCGGCAAACAGAAUCAAGAAGAUCGAGAAUAUUGGCCACCUGACGGAGCUGCAGGAGUUCUGGAUGAACGACAACCUCCUGGAGAGCUGGAGCGACCUGGACGAGCUGAAGGGGGCGCGCGGCCUGGAGACCGUGUACCUGGAGCGCAACCCCCUGCAGAAGGACCCCCAGUACCGCCGCAAGGUCAUGCUGGCGCUGCCCACCGUGCGGCAGAUCGACGCCACCUUUGUCAGGUUCUAAGUGCGCCCUUGCCCGCUCCCUCUCCAGAGAACUUCCCGGCCGCGGGCCCCGCCCGCCCGUGCUCCUGGCUGGCCAGCCGCUCUCAGCCGUCACAAAUCCACUGCAAUAAAGGCGCCGAGUGACCCUG